AGAGUGUUUUCAGCCUCAGAGAGCGCUGCAUGUCUCACAUUUUGUCCUCAACAACCAGCUCUGCUCAGACCUGCCAGAUUCAACGACUUCUUCUCGCUCAGCUACCUAUCCAACCCACCAAAAUAUAACCCCCCACCAUCACCACCGCCAUGGAGCGCGUUCAGCACAUGACCAAGUCAGCCAUCCGCCGGGCCUCCCAGAUCGAAGUGAACCCCCAGGCCAAGAGGAACCUGCAGGAGCUCUUCGUCAACUUCACCCUCAUCCUCAUCUGCCUGCUCCUCAUCUACAUCAUCGUCCUGCUGAGCAGCUGAGGGCGCAACGGGUUGACUCUCCCCAGUGUGGCCCCCCCCACAACCCCGCUGGUGUGCCGUGCGGAUGUCUGCUGUGUAAUUUAACCCAAGAUGUACGAGUUCUUCACAGAUCAGGGUUUUCAAAAACCAAACGCAACACCCAAACCUGCAGAGGUGGAACCACUCUGACAUGAUAAUGAUAGAAACAAAAUAUGAGCCGGUAAAAAAGGUCAAUAUGACCCUUUGAAGGAUCUUCAUGACCCAAGAUGGGCUUUCCCUCAUAUUUUUCACAUUUUCUCUCAUCAAAGCAUGAUUUACCCCCUGCUCUGACCAGAUCUAACUUAGGAGUAGAUAAAGACAACACCUGCUAGAUGCAAAGAAAAUGUCUUUGGUGGUGAUUAUCUGGACAUUUUCAGGGUUACUCUGGCGCCCCCCAGUGGUUGAUUCAUAAAAACACAAAGACGUGGAUGCACAGUAAUGUAACCCUGCUGCUGCCAUUGGGUCAAGAUGACCCUUCAGGCAAACAGUGGUUCCCAAAGUUGUGUUCUGGACCAUGAGUGGGUCAUGAAACACCAAUCAUGUCACGAGAGGCCGAUUUAUUUUUAGCCUUAAACGUUCUAAAAAAAAAAAACUGGUUGUAGAUCCAUAAUGGUCAUAAAUCAAUAAAACAAUAUUUUAGCCAAUGUGCUGCUUUGUUAAUGUUCUUUAGCCGGCAGCAGACCGGGUCACGAGGACCUGAGACUUUUAUUGUGUGGCUCAAAAUCAACUCCGGGGUGGACGGGCAUAAAUCGAGUUUAUGGAUUAAAACAAAUCUGACGGUUAGCAGCUGAACUUUUCCUCCGUCUGUUUAAACUUAUUCGUGGAGCAGAAACACAUUUGGUCAAGAAAACAAAGUUAAGGCCACCAUUCAUCAAAGUAUUAUUUCAGGAGGUCGUUGAAACAAGUCGCCAC